AUGACUUCUCAAAACAAUCCAACCCAUGACGAGAUUUGGGAUGAUUCUCUUCUCGUGAAUUCGUGGAACGAGGCCCUAGAGGAAUACAAGAAAUACCAUAGCAUUCAAGCGCGAGGCGAGGAUAUCGAUAGCGUGUUGGAAGCUCACGAGAACCAAAGCCAGAGAAUAAUUGGCCCUCAAAUGGACAAUGAGAGACCAGGCAACGAUCAACCCGGGCCUCCUCUUGCCACGAGCGAAUCGCAUGCAGAAACAGACGAUCGUGACACAACAGUUCCGGGCAUAGACUCUCAAGUGCGAAACAAUCUGCCUCCUAACCAGGGCUUGGAUAGCGGGCCGGCAAAGGGACCAGCACUGCCACAACAUCUAAUGGGCCAAGUUCGGGACGAAGGCUUGAAGAAUCUCUUAAUGUCAUGGUACUAUGCUGGGUAUUACACAGGGCUCCAUGAAGGCAAGCAACAGGGGAUGCUAGAUAAGAAUGCCAAGCAUGAAAAUUGA